AUGGAAUAUGAAAAUGAAAAUGAAAAAUUAAAUAUCUCAAAUGAAAAUUUAUCAACAAAAAAGAAUCGAAAUUAUUUCGAUAAAUCAAUAAAUGAAGUUAAAUAUUUAAAAAAAACUAAUGUAAAAAGUAUUUUAUUUCGAAUAUUUAUUUUCUUAUUAAUAAUUCUAUUAUUAUUAUUUCGUGGACAUGUUAUUUGUAUAAUUGGAUUUAUAAAUUGUUAUUUAACAUGGCCAUUUUCAUCUCCAGUUCAUAUUAAAAUUGAUUUAUUAAAUCUUUCAACAAAACCAGUUGAACAUGAAUAUAUUCCUCGUCGAAUGCAUCAUAUUUUACUUGGACCAUUAAGUAAAUCUCCUCCAUCAAGUUGGUUAUCAGCAAGAAAUUCAUGUAUUUCACUUCAUUCAAAUUUUGAAGAACAUUAUUAUUGGACAGAUAAUAAUAGUAAAGAAUUUCUUGAAAAAAAUUAUCCAUGGUUUUUAAAAAGUUGGAAUUCAUAUAAAACAAAUGUACAAAAAGCUGAUGCAUUAAGAUAUUUUCUUCUUCAUUAUUAUGGUGGAAUAUUUCUUGAUAUGGAUUUAUAUUGUCUUCAUAAAUUAGAUGGACUUUUUAAUUAUUUAGAUAAUCGAGUAUCAUCUGAUCAACAUAUUUUUUUAGCAGUUAAAGCUUUUCCUGUUGGAAUAUCAAAUGGUUUUAUGAUAUCAACACGUAAUCAUCCACUUCUUGAACGUGUUAUUAAAAAUCUUGAACUUUAUAAUAGAAAUUUUCUUUUACCACAUGCAACUAUUGUUAUAUCAGCAGGACCAAUGUGUAUAUCAAUACAAAUCCAAUUAAAUCGUUCAUUAUGGAAUUCUAUAUUAAUUCUUGAUGGAAAAGAAAAUAUGAUUGGAGGAAAAACUAAUACACCUAUAUUUAAACAUUUAGGUAGUGGAUCUUGGCAUAAAGCUGAUGAUAUGAUUUUUAAAAAUAUUCCUAUGAAUAUUCAACGUCAAAAUCAAACAUUUUCAAUUUCAAUUAUUGUUUUUAUUAUUUUUAUUUUUAUUUUUUUUAUUGGAAGAAACAAAAAUUUUAUCAAGGUAAUUUUUAGAUUUAUUUUAUAA